GCAAAAAAUUAUACAUAAAAUGGAGAGUUCCGAAACAUUAGACUUAAAGGCAUUGGUAAAACUAGCCAAGCCCCAUCUCCCAAGAGAACACUACAAUAUGCUGAAGAGGGGUCAACUUGUUGUAAAGUUCAAGUAUAUGUGCAUGGACUAUCAGCAAAAUGUCGACUUUGUGAAAGAAGUUAUCGAGAAAUUAGGCCACGAGAAGCUACCCCUCCUUGGAGGAAUUGAUUUCGGAGGUAUAACAGACGAGACUCAUGAAUUAGUACUCAAGAUUCUUUCAGAGCAUUUCCCAGAUGAAAUCCCUCAUUUAUUCUUGGACUGGUAUUCAAAAGAUGGAGAAAUCAAAGCAUUUUUAGAAGUUUUCUCAUCUAUUAGUGAGAGAGUCCCAAAAACCUUGUUUAUCGGUAAUAGAAAUCUCUCAAAUACUGAAUUCUGAGAGCUGUUUCAUAUUUUUCGCAAAACUGAAACACUCGAAUUCAGAAAUGUUGAAAUUGCAGGAGAAGCUUUUGAAUUUAGUUCAGACGCUUCUUAUUCGAUAAAAAGAAUAAUCUUUACAUCAUGCUGCGAGACAGAAGGAUGGGGAGAUCUGACUCAGUUCAGUUCUAUUAUUGAAGGAAUAUCUAAAACCGGUCUGAAGGAUAGUCUAGAGACAAUCACUUUUGAAGAGUGUCCAACAAUAGAUGUGGAUAUGGCUCAGGAUGUAUUAAACAAGAACGAAAUGAGCCAUAUCAUGCUUGAAGUACAUGAUGAUGAAAGUGAUUAUUAACCUUUUUCAAUAUCUU